AACCACACAUAAACAUUUCAAAACGUCUGAUUCAGGUUGGAGGUACAUAUCCGCGUCGCGGUUGUCUUCUAAUUUGUGAGCGAACUUCGUGAAAUUAAAAUCUCAGUAUCUAUAUGGUAUUUUUGUUUACGGUUCUUACACUAACACGUAAACUGUUUACAGAUCUGGUACGAUUUAUAACCAGUAGAAUAACAGAAGACUUAUAAAACCAACGAAGACUAUACGGGGCAACAGAUACACCUGACUUUAUGGUCGUAUAUCUCGCGUUGACACCACAACACAAACUUCGAGUCGACUUAUGAAAAUACAUACCAACGAGUUGACAGAUAGUGUUGAAAGGUUUGCGGAAAUAGAAAAAUACGACUCGGGAAGAGCUUUCGUCAUUGCUAAACAAACGCUCUUCAUCCCAUUAAUAACAUUGCGUGACAACGAAAGGGCUGAAUGCAACAAAAUUACCACUUUGUACACAAAUUACAGCCUGAUGAGGCCAUUCUAACGGUUUCCAACCAACGCUGAGCGCUUGAAUAGUCUCAAGAGAUAUGUCUUCGGCACGCGUUAAGACGUUUGAGAGACGCCGUGGUAUUUGGUCCGCGGUAGGAAUCUUAACCGUCAUAUCUUUAUCAUUGUUCAUUUCAGGUGUCGUGUUUAUUUUCGGUAAGAAUUGCAAAGAACAACCCGCUCUCGUUUCGCCCCAACCACUAAAAGAUGCCUGUAAACAUAGCGAGGAAGCCAGGAACUCAGGUUUUAUCGAUUUAUUAUCAAAGGUUCGCACAGCUAAUAAUGAAUACAAUAGGAUAUCCAUUUCCAAUGUCCUAAUACCGAAACGUGACUACUACAAGCCAGAAACUCUUAAAUCAACAAGCGACAAGUCAAGAGACCUGUACAAGCAACUCAAAACGCUUCGCAUAAAGCGUUCCGAGCUCACGUCCAGGGAACAACAAAGCUUCACAGAGAUGGAACAUUUCUUACGACAUAAUUUUGGCGCACCUCAACGGGAUUAUUACUCCGGUUUUUGGCUACUGGGUCCAACCAUGUGGUGUAAUGAGUACAUAUGUCGAAGCUUGGCCUAUGACGUUUUUAGAACAAUUUCGUCCCACAAUCCACCGAAACGCAUACAGGAUUUAAAAAAGAUACGGGCAUCCUUGUCGUACUAUAGCAAAACAGUAAACCAAUACAUUGAAAAUCUUCGUUAUGGCGUUAAGGCAGGCAUGGUACGACCGAUCGAUGUUUGUAGAGCUGGGCUACAGGCAAUGAAGAGUUCAUAUGGUAAAAUAUCUGAAUUGAACGCCACAGGCGUCCUAGAAGAAUGGUUUGCUCAACAUAUAAAAGGAGAAAGGUACUACUCGUCGUUGAGUGAAACCGAUAAAAUGAAAUGGUUCGAUAAAUACAGAAAACACGUUAACGAUUCGAUGAGAAUGUCAGUAGUGAAGCACAUUGGAAGACCUAUCGAAAGAUUGCUAAGGUUUCUAGAAGAAGAUUAUAUGAACCAUUGUGUUCCCAGUAAUAUCUCGAGUGGUUUGGCAAACCUACCUUUGUCUCACGUUUAUUACAAAGGCGUUAAAACAAAUAAAGAAACUGUCCAAAUCUUACCAACUGGUGAGAAACUUGAUGGGAGCGCGGCGUAUGAAAUGAUGCUUGCUUAUUACACGACGCUAAAUUUGACGGCAGACGAAGUGCAUGAUCUUGGCUGGAAACAUGUCCACAUAUUAUAUCAGCAGAUUUUAGAUCUCGCAAAGAACACCACUGGUCAUAAAAAUCUAACCAUCGCUGUAGGCAAGUUUAGAAAAAAACUUACAGAAACAAAGCAAUUCUACAACCUGAAACCUUUCCCAUCAAACGAAUCGUUUGCAGAAGCAAAAAAUAAAUGUAAUAAUAUAAAGAGAGCGAAGAAAUUUUGUCCAAAUCGUUGGAAUGCCUUGCAAUUUUGGUUUGACGAACAAGCCAAGAUAUUGGGCACGAUUGAACCGAAACUUAGCAAGUUAUUUCACUACAGAGGCAACAAGCAGACAACACCAAAUUGUCCAGUAAAAAUAGCACCAAACUUUAAGGCUACCUCAGGCGUGCCCAUGUAUCGAGCAAGUAAUUCUAUGUGCAACUGGCCGGCGACAUUUUUCAUGCCUUUCUUUAAUGAUAACUACGGACCGCGUUACAUGGAAAUUGUGAUCAAUGCUCACGAAAGCAGACCUGGUCAUCAUACUCAGUUACAAGGAUAUACAGAAAAUUUUGCGAGAGACUGCUCGCCCGACGACAUCAGUUGGCUGGAUUCGAAAACCAAGUAUAGUGCGUUCUCUGAAGGUUGGGCAUUGUAUGCCGAGUUCCCAUUGGCAGCGAAGUUUACGGAUGCAAUAGAAAACGAUCCAUGGAGUCAAUAUGGCGUUUUCAAGGCUCAGAUGUGGCGAUCAUUACGCCUAGUCAUCGACACUGGUCUACAUUCAAAAGGUAUGAAACAAGACGAAGCAAUGCAAUUGUUUGACCGAUACAUGUGGGACAGCAGUGACGUCAUGUACAAGGAAGUCAUGCGAUAUCAGACAAUUCCAGGCCAGUCCAGUUCAUACAAGAUUGGUCAGUUGCGAUUUAUUGAAUUGUUGGAAUACGCUCAGAAAGAGCUCGGCAACAAGUUCGACAUACGGGAUUUUCAUUACGAGUUGCUACGUCACGGUUCCGUUCCUUUGGACUACAUUACGCAUGCGGUGAAGGAAUACGUGGCCUGCGAGAAACCGAACGCCACAUGCUCAGAGCAAAAGUUCAAACGCCACGCACCAAUCAAGGUGGACGAGAAGGAAACGAACGACGACGAUUUGCAGCAAAAUUACGAUUUAAGGAAUUAUUUUUAAUUAUGAUAUUAGUACUUUAGGGAAACAUUGGAAGAUGUAGGAAAAUAUGUCGAAAGCAAAUUAUUUAAAAACAACGCUCAAGCUCUAAUGCUUUAAUAUUACACGUGGCGAACAGAAAGGAAAGACUGUAAAUAAGUCAAAUAUCUAUUUUCUCUUUGUUAUAAAUAUACUUAAUGAUAACCACGGGAAA